AAAUACCACAUUUCUUGAGAAAAAAAUUUCCUCUUGUUUCAUCGGCGGACAUCAAAAUUCUUGAACCGAAAGAAAUUUUUUUACGGUUGGCAACGCCGGACAGAUACCCCAUACUCGUGUCUCUACUCCAUGCCACUGAUAUCUGACAAAUCCGUGAAGCGAAAAAAAAGAAAACCGAGUGAGUCAUGAUGAUCUCACGGAGUUACACACAUACAAAACUGCUCCCCUAGCGAAACUAUCGCGAAACUAUCGGCUCUCUUUCUCUCUCAGGGACCUAGCACAACAAAAUAACUUCCGUCGAUUGUAUUCGGCGACGCAACGAACUGUCAGUGCCGUUGGGAGGCAUUUCUCCGUUUUGAUAACGGCAUCUUCUACCCCAUUCACGAUUAAUAUAUUUAGAAUAUGUGUAUAUUCAUUAUGAUAGACCGACACUAUUUUUUUUACACAUACCUCGAGCUAUUUUAAGGCUAUCGGAGCCGAUCAAGGGUCUUCCGAACUUUUUUACAAGAGUACCCUUUACUCGUUUACCAUUCGCCAAAAAAUCCGACGACUUGUUGAAUAGACGUCCAAGAUCGUUCACUAUCUGGUUGAUCAAGAAAACAAACAACGAUUAUGGCAACAUCAAGUGUUGAAGACUUUUUAUCCGGCCCUCUCGUCACUUGGUUCACAAGCUGCCUUAAGGAACCUGACGCCCUUGUCAACUAUGAAGAUUUGGUUGACGGAGUUGCACUGCACGAUGUCUUCCUACAAAUAAACCCAGAGCCUAUGCAUGACGGGGUCGUACCGAGUGUUAGAAAUCCAGCGAUGAGAACAAAGAAUUUAAACGCUAUCAUUGGAAACAUUAAGCAAUUUUACGAAGAGGAAUUGGGUCACCUUGUUUUAGUGUUACCUGACACUGUCAAGUUGGGAAAAGAGCCCGAAACUGCUAUUGGAGAAAUCAAGUUACUUCUGUUACUUCUACUGGGAUGCGCAGUUCAAUGCCCCAACAAAGAAAAAUUCAUCACUAAAAUCAAAGACAUGGCUGUAGACGUUCAACUCGCCAUUGUCGACUGCAUAAAACAGGUCACAGAUGAUCAGAAUAUCGUGAUCACUCAAGAGUCGAUGGAUAAUGUUAACAUGGGUGUUUUGUUUAAUCAAAUUAAGAGGUUGGUUCACGAUCGAGAUCUAUAUUACGAGAAAUGGAAAACCUCAACAACAACUGAAAGUGCAGACAACAGUGAAUCAGCCAUAAGCAUUGAAAUUGAAGAAAUGAACAAACUGCAUCAAGUAAACAGUAUCGUAAAAUCUGAGAGAAGCAACAACCAUCAUCACGCUGUUGAAUUGGCCGAUUGGAAAUCAAAAGUUAGAAAGCAGCGACAAGAAUUGGAAGAAAAGACAGAGGGCUUGCUUGAGUGUAGAGAAGAAUUAGAACACACAAAAGCUGCACUAGCAAAACUCAGGCAAGAGAAUCAAGAACUCAUGCAUGAGGCACGAACUGCAAAAUCAUACAGAGACGAGUUAGAUGCAGUUAUCGAACGGGCUGAGCGAGCUGAUCGGCUUGAAAUUGAGGUAGCCAGAUACAAGGAGAAAUUAGCAGACAUUGAAUUUUACAAAACUAGAAUCGAAGAGAUACGUGAAGAUAAUAGGGUAUUAAUGGAGACCAGAGAAAUGCUGGAGGAGCAGUUGAUGACGACACGAAGGCGUUCAGACAAAGUCCCGGAGUUAGAAUCAGAAAUAUUAAAGUACAAACAGCUUCUCAAUGAUGCUUCUUUGGAACGAGAGGCCGACAAGGAGAGGUACCUAGAAAUCUGCGAUGAAAACGCACAGCUACGCUGUAUAACAAAAGGAAAUCUGGCGGAAACUUCACUAUCACCAUCUAUGAGUGACUCGGAGGAGCCAGCAACAGCAGACAACAGCCUCUCUGAGCAACUAACAAACAAUGCCCAAACUCGAGCCUUGAAAUUAGAGUUGGAAAAUCGGCGUUUGGUAACACUGAUUGACUCGCUUCAAGAGAAUUCAUUCCACGAGAGUUCUACGAGGGUUUUAGAGUUGGAAAAAGACAAGAAAAAAUUAACUCUGAAAAUAAAUUCGUUAAACGAUAACUGCGAACGACUAACCCAACAGAAUGCGGACCUUGAAAGAAUAUGCAGAGAUGCUCUGGAGGAGAAUAAAAAACUCCAAGACUCUUUAAAUAACAAACGUGCGCUGUUCGACAAACAGCAACUUGAGAAUCAGUCCCUGUCUACGAAAAUCUCGGAUUUAGAAAGGAAUUAUGAGUCGGUGGUAAAAGAAAAACAGCGUAUUCAAUCACUCCAAGAAAGCGCACAAAGGCGAGCUGAAGACUUAGAGCGAUCUCUGGAUUUAGUAAAUCAAAAAUUGGAGGAGCUGAAGAAAACUGAGAGCAAAUUAUCAGAUAUGGUGCUAAGAUGUUCCGAACUUGAAACUAAGCUUCUAAACUUGGAAAGAGAAAAAGAAAAUGCUCAGCGUGACGUCAACAAGUUCCGCCUAACCAUAGAAGACAAAGACAUCGCACUCGACAAAGCUGCGAAUGAGAUUGAAAUUGCGAACAAAACAAUCGACGAAUUAAAGCAAGAAGUUGACGAUUAUAAUUCUCAAAUUUCCAGGCUACGGGAUAUCGAAAGAUCCAGCAAAGAAUUAGAUUCCAGAGCUGCAAUUGAUAGGGAAACUCUGGAAGCAUUGCAAUCUGACUUGGUUGCAGAAAAAUUAAACACCCAGCAUCUAUCAACUGUCUUAGAAAAGUUCGGAGUUAGCAUCAACAUGCUAUUAUCUCUGCCUACAGACACUGUAAUAGAAACAAUCGCACAAGUUCCAGAAGUUAUAAACAGUGUUAAAAAAUUCGUCACUAUCGAAAUUCCACCACUUGAUAAUAACUCAGUCAGUAAUAAGUCUUCCAAUUCAACUGAUAUCAACACAAUCACUGAACAAAAUCGGUUGCAAAAUACAGUGGAGACAUUAAAGAUCGAGAGUAAAAAACUACGUGCUGAGUUGACAGCCUCGCACGCAAUGUCGGAUAAUCUUUUAGCAGAGAAGGCUAAGCUUCAAGUAAAUAUAACGACACUACAGUCUCAGAACACUUCACUGACGACUCAGCAUACGGCUUUGCAAUUAGCUAACUCACAACUUGUCGCUGAGAAAGAAGAGCUAUUGAAAGAACGUGCAUCCCAGGAGAGCAUUCACUCUCAAUUGGUCAAUGAUCAAAUAGCUCUGCAGAUCCUCCACGAAGGGCUCAACAAUGAGUAUGAGAAGCUGCUAGUUGAGCGUGAAGUGGUGAAGUCAACGCUUCGGGAUGUUAAAAAUGAGGCCAGGGCAUUAAGAGAGACCUGCCAAAGUCUUGAAGCGAAGAAUAAAGCCUUGCAAGCAGAAAGGGAAACGCUUAUUGGUAAUACUAAGAGCUUAAGCAAUCUUCGAGGAGAACAUUCGAAACUUAAGGAUGACUUCAGAAAUCUUUUCACCGCUACGGAAAAGCUUAAAUCCGAAUACAGGAAUUUGCAGGAGGAUUACAAGAAUAACAAGAUGGAAACUAAUCGGCUGAGUCUUAAGCAAACGGAAACCAAUGGAGAGUUAGUCCUUAAAGACGAGAGGUGUGCUUAUCUAGAGUUUGAACUGAGCAAGUUGAACCAGCGCUGCGAAAUGCUGUUGCAAAUGAAUUCAGGAUUAGAUAAUGACAGGCGUUCACUCAUGGAUCAUGUCAGUUUGCUUCUGAGCCAAUAUCACGAGCUGCUGACCCAUUCUUUGGAUGAUAAGGAACAUUAUCAUAUGGAAGAAAAAUUGUUCACGGACAAAGUAAACAAUCUUUGCCGACAGAAAGAGAAACUGGAAGAAAAAAUAAUGGAGCAUUACCGCAAACUUGAAAGUUGUUCGAUGAAAAAAAAAGGAUUCGGUGCUAGUUUUGUCAGGAGAGUGAGAAAGGCCGGCUCUGAGCUCUUGAACAAGAAUCGUAGAUCCUGGGCCGAGGACACCAAACAGUUGGAUGGCAAAACAUACGAGUCCGAAUCUGGUGGAAACGAUUCCGACGCCAGUGCAGAAGAUAUUAGACCGAUAAGAGGUAAAAAAGAACAGCCAGAUACCACGGAGCUGAGAAGCGAUCCCUUAUCGCUAGGCUACCCAGGCACUCGGAGAACAGUUUACUAUACAGACGAAAUUCCAUCGAGCAAAACGACUCUGGAUGAUCAACGAGUAGCUGAUCCAGCAAAGAUGUUAGAAGGAGAUGAGAGAAACAGAAACGGCCAAAUCGAUUCGAACACAAAUCCAGAUUUAGACGCGCAGAACAGUAAACAUCCAGUAUUGAUUUACAACAAAGUAUCAGCGGUGAUAAACGAAUCGAAAAAUAUCUGUACAACGGAGAAAGAUAUUCCAGCCAAUAUUCCUGAAACCGUCGGUGAAAGAUCAUCCGAAAAAGAUGCCAAAGCGGCUUCCGUUUGGUACGAAUACGGAUGUGUAUAAUUUAAUCAACGAAUAGUUACUAAUUAAUCAAGUUAUACCGAUCGCGUUACAAGUACAAAUUGUAAAUAUUAGCGCUUACCUAAUUUUGUUCUCUUUACAAGAUAUUUGUAAUUUAGACUUGGUCAAGAUUUGAGGUAACCGUUCUGGUUGUUUGUUUUUCUUUCAGUUGAGAAAAAAAAAAUAGAGGAUUCCUACCUUAUUGAUUUUAGUUACCGAAUAUAGAAUUAACUGAAAUACUAUUAAUAUGUGGAUAGUUAGUAAACAGGGGUAAAAGGUAUGCGGUUUUUACAUAAUGCGAUAAAAUGACUGUUUAAUGAAUGAGUGUAGAAAUUAUUAUUUAUUUCUAUUGCUGCUUUUUAAAAAAUUCUCUUCCAUGCGUAGUUUUACCAAUGUAGUAUUUUCCAAAAGACUGGUGUUUUAACGAAUUUACUUGCCUCGCAAAUAAUUGGGGCAAUAAUAACAGUGCACCUUUCAUAGUAUUACUCAGCUUAUUUUUGAUGAAUGUUCUUUUUUUUUAAGUGUGAGAGUCAAAGACUUGAUCAGCUGUACAGCUGUAUCAAUUGAAUGCUGUUUUAUGCAACUAGGAUAAGGCUAAAAAACACCAAUUAUGUUAUCAUUAGAGCCUAAGACCGAUUUAUCGAGAUCGUAACAGAGUCUAUUCCAUCAAUCUUCUCACCUUGAAGUCAUCAGACACUCUCAAGAGGUCACACGUUGUUAAAUUCCAUCGGCAGCUUUGGUAGAAAUAGAAUUUGUUACGUUCUAGAAUUCGGGCAUAGUCGCAAUAUGAAUGGUGUAAUUAAAACUUUCCUACACAAUAUUGUUAUUUAACAAUAAAAAUCGGCGAAAUUUUUAUUUAAACAACUGCCACCAAUUUUUUAU